UUUAUGAACGUAAGUAAAUAAUUAUAUUGAAUUUUUUACCUUUACUCUGAGAAAUUUAGGGCUUUUUGCCGCCCCCUGUUGGCACUGGCAAUCCUAACCAGCAACAUCGUUGAUUCAUGCCUUGGGUCCGCUCUUGUAAUAGUUAGUUGCAGUUUUUCUGCCGAUAACUCUUAUUUUGAAACGCCUGCACUGGAAGUGCAUUUGAGACUUCCGCUGAGGAAUACAAAUAUUCAGCGCCGCUUCUUUCAUUCACUUCAGCGUGCCUGAUCUGAGUGACAGCUAUGCUCACUCCACCGAGGGAAGGGAUGCCUAGCAUGAUAGACAAGGCGCUGAGGAUGAGGAGGGAGGAGCAGGCUCGGCAGAUCGUCCUCGCUUGGGCAGUUCUCAACGUGUCCCUUGCUGGAAUGAUUUACACUGAAAUGUCAGGGAAGCUGCUGAGCAGGUACUACAACAUCACUUACUGGCCCAUCUGGUACAUUGAACUGGUGCUAGCCUCUCUCUUCAGUCUCAAUGCACUUUUUGACUUCUGGAAGUAUUUCAAAUACACAAUGUCUCCGUCCACCAUUGCUGUUACCCCUCAGCAGCAUCACCUUCUGGGUCUCAGGAACACAAGUAUCCAGGCCUCUCCUCCACAAAAGCCAGAGAAGAAAGAGACUCCAGCUCCGGCCCAGUCCUCUCCACUUCAGGGCCAGAGCGUGCUGAGCUUCAGUCCCUCUCGUCCAGCCUCAAGCAGCCCCAAAUUCUCCCCCAGCUGUACAGCUGGGUACAGCCCUCCUCUGGGCAGUCCAUCCCCACCAAGCAGUACAGGAGGACCUUUUACCCCCACAGUGGCCUUUGGAAAGGUGCUGAACUACAGUCAUUCUUCAGGCUCUUCUCCCUACCAGAACAGUAUCGGGCCAGCAGAAGGCUCUGGCUUGAGAGCUCGAUAUCGCACGUCUCCUUCGGUGUUUAACUCCCCCGGAAGCAAAGAGGACUACAUGGAGGAUCUGAAGAGUCUGGAAAGGUUCUUGCAUUCUGAGGAGGAGAAAAGUCACCGCAGUCAGCUAGGCAGUCCAGAGUCUGUGUCUCCAAGCCACAGCCCUACUUUCUGGAACUACAACCGUUCUGUGGGAGAUUACGCCCAGAGCCUGAGGAAGUUCCUGUACCAGCCGGCAUGCCGCUCUCAGGCACCGUCUGCCCACAAGGACGAGACGGACCUGGGUUCUAAACAGGCUGCAGAAGAGGUGUGGGGCAGAAUCACUACCAGUCGUGCUGUGGUGGACCGCAUCGACAGCUGGACAGCCAAGCUUAGAAAUUGGAUCAGUGACACCAUCUUGGUCCCUCUGGUCAAAGAAAUUGACUCUGUGAACAGCCAGCUGAGGAGGAUGGGCUGUCCGGAGCUCCAGAUAGGAGAGGCCAGCAUUAGCAGCCUGAGACAGGCAGCGGUGAUGAAAGCCUCCUUAAUCCCCACGCUGACCUCUAUUGUCCAGUACCUGGACACCACGCCCAACCAGGAAUAUCUAGUGGAUCGCAUAAGAGAGCUGUCUCACAGCGGCUGCAUGAGCUCCUUUCGCUGGAACGGUGGCGGCGAUCUGAAGAACAGGAAGUGGGACACGGAUCUCCCGACUGACUGCGCAAUCCUCAUGCAUGUGUUUUGCACAUAUUUGGACUCCAGGCUGCCCCCACAUCCGAAGUACCCGGAUGGGAAGACGUUUACUUCCCAACACUUCAGCCACGCCCCAGACAAGCCUGAUGUUACCAAAGAGAACCUCUUGUGCAUCCAUCAAAGCAGCACCACGCCUCCUCACUACCAGCUUAUAUACCAAGGACAUAUCUACAGCCUUCCUAAGGGAAGGAACAACCUGUUCCACACAAUCCUCAUGUUCCUCUAUGUCAUUAAGACUAAGGAGUCAGGAAUGCUGGGGAGGGUAAAUCUGGGCCUCUCUGGAGUGAACAUCCUCUGGAUAUUUGAAAACUGAUGCAUCGUGUUUUUAAAGCAACAAAUGAUUACAACAAGCUGCAAAAGAUCAUUUUGUUUUUAUUUUUCUUCUGUGAGGCAAGGAUCAGCUUAAUAACUCCUCUUUCAUGGUCAUUCCCCAAACAGCUGUUUGCUUUGAAAGGACAAAUGGAUGCACAUUAAUGGACAUAUUCCCAGCUGGAAAUGGGCGCUGUAUUUUCAAUGACAGUUUCAGAGAACGUUUCUGUUACAUCGAGACCUUGUGGUGCAGCUAAGAGGUUUUUAAAAUCUCUUUUUUCUUCUUGAUUAUUUGAGAAUGUAUCAGCAUGCCAGCCUUGUAAAUUAUAUACCUCAAUUUAUCUAAGCGAUAGCAAAAAGGGCUCAGGCCCAUUUACCUGAAUGUAAAUAUUUUAUUUUUCUUGCAAGCCUCUGCAAACUGUUACUGGUUUGCUCAUUGUUUUGUAGAAAUAAUUGUCUGCAGAAUAAGGGGUACUCUUGACACCUACUGGAAUCAACCACGGAUUUGGAGAAAAUGUAGCAUUGCAUCAUUAAAAACUUGAAAUGCA